AUGUAUUGUAACUACUACGGCAACUCCUGUGGCUACGGCUGUGGCCUGGGCUGUGGCUACGGCUGUGGCUACGGCUCUGGCUGUGGCUAUGGCUGUGGAUAUGGCUCUCACUAUGGCUGUGGCCUGGGCUGUGGCUAUGGCUGUGGCUACGGAUGCUGUGGCUACCGGCCCUGUUGCUACAGAAGAUGUUAUUCUUCUUGCUGUUAG